ACCCGGCUGGGUAAUACCGAGUUAGGCGAUUUUCCGAACGUACAAGUCGAAAAUAUCCAACGAAUCCGAGGAAAACAACAGAAACCUGCCCGGAUAACAGGUUACGUGAAUAAUAUAAUUCCUCGUUACACGACAAAGCAAUUUCGGCAUCAUUUUCGAAUGCUGCCUGAAGUUUUUGAAAUUCUUGAAAAUCGUCUUGGACCGUCAUUAUCUAAUGUCGAAACUGUAGGACGUCCAAUGAUACCUGUACGUACACAGCUUUUAUCAACAAUCUGGCUACUUAGCACACCAGAUUCUUUCAGAUCUGUGAGCGAAAAAUUUGAUUUGGGCAAAUCUUCUUUGAACGACUGUGUGCGUCGUGUUGUUAAAUUAUUGUACAGCAUUGCAAAUGAAAUAAUUGUAUGGCCUACAGGCCAAAACUUAAUAACUUCAAAGGAGAAGUUUAUGUCUAUUGGACAAACCCCUAUACCUGGCAUAGUGGGAGCCAUCGAUGGCACUUUUAUAUUUAUAAAAAAAUCAGAUAUUGAGGGUCAGUUGGGGACUACAGAGUUUUUCGCAAUUCAGAUUUAUAUAGAGAAGUUUGUAGAGAUCCCUCUGUUUUUUUUCCUGAUGGAGAAUUUAUUAUUGGCGAUAAAGCCUAUCCUGUUUUAACAUGGUGUAUUCCCCCAUUUAGAAACAAUGAGCGCCUCACACAACAGCAGAAAAAAUUCAACACUGCAAUAUCACAAAAGCGACAAGUUGUAGAAAGAGCUUUUGCUCU